AUGCACAAUAUAGCCAAAAUGAUAACAGAACAACUUCGCAACCCUAAUGAGCUAGAUAUAAGUUUGAGAAUGGAGUUUGGUCCUUUUGAAACUAUACACAAAUGGAAAAGAAUGUCUGAAUGCUAUGAAUUUGUUGGAGCUAGACGAAGUAAGCAUACAGCAGUUGCAUAUAAAGAUGCAAUAUAUGUAUUUGGAGGUGAUAAUGGAAAGUCUAUGCUUAAUGAUCUAAUUAGAUUUGACAUAAGGGAGAAAUCUUGGACUAAAACUGGAUGUAUGGGCACUCCACCAGCACCGAGAUAUCAUCAUUCUGCAGUGGUACAUAGAUCAUCCAUGUUUGUUUUUGGAGGCUACACUGGAGAUAUCCUAGCUAACUCCAAUCUCACAAACAAAAAUGAUCUAUUUGAAUAUAAAUUCCCAAAUGCACAAUGGGUGCAAUGGAAAUUUACUGGACAGGAACCAGUACCGCGCUCAGCCCACGGUGCAGCUGUAUAUGACGAUAAACUCUGGAUAUUUGCGGGAUAUGAUGGCAAUGCUCGCCUUAACGAUAUGUGGACUUGCAAUUUAGUGGGGGAAAACCAUCAAUGGGAAAAAAUCGAGCAAAAAGGAGAAUGUCCGCCGACUUGUUGUAAUUUCCCUGUAGCGGUCGCUCGUAACAAAAUGUUUGUAUUCAGUGGGCAGAGUGGAGCCAAGAUAACAAAUGCCCUUUUCCAAUUUGACUUUGAAACACAUACAUGGAGCCGUGUGUGCACCGAACAUCUCCUACGUAGUGCGGGACCUGCGCCGGCGCGUCGCUACGGACAUGUGAUGGUACACCACGCAAGACACCUUUACGUGUUUGGUGGUGCCGCUGAUAGCACCCUGCCAUCAGAUUUGCAUUGCUAUGAUUUGGAUACUCAGAUGUGGUCAGUUUUACAAGUGGCGACAGACUCACAAGUCCCGUCUGGUCGUCUAUUCCACGCAGGUGCGGUUGUAGGCGACGCGAUGUACGUCUUUGGUGGCACUGUGGACAAUAACGUGCGGAGUGGCGACCUCUAUCGCUUCCAGUUAUCAAACUACCCUCGAUGCACCUUACACGAUGAUUUCGGCCGUAUUCUUAAGUCGCAGCAGUUUUGUGACGUCACUCUGCUAGUAGGCGCUGAAGAGACACCCGUGUUCGCGCAUCAAGCGAUGCUAGCUGCGCGCUCGCAGUAUCUACGCACUAAGAUUAAGGAAUCUCGUGAAGAACUUUUAAGACGUAUAGAAGCAGGUGAAGAGGAACCAACCGAGCAGUUCUCAUACAAGUCACAACCCCAGCUCGUGGUCCGACUGCCAGAAGCAACACCUGAAGCGUUCCGAAUGAUCCUCAAUUAUAUUUAUACGGACAAGAUUGAUCCUACUGAGAAAGACGAAGACCCCGCUUCGCCAGCAACAAUGCUACUAGUUAUGGAAGUGCUUAGACUUGCGUUGCGUCUCAAGAUCCCACGUCUACGAGGCCUCUGCGCAAGAUACCUACGAGCUAAUCUGUGCUAUGGCAACGUGCUUCAAGCGCUACAUGCAGCGCAUCAAGCGAAUCUAGCCUGUAUUAAGGAGUACUGCUUGAGGUUCGUUGUAAAAGAUUACAAUUUCACACCGAUCGUGAUGUCUGCGGAGUUUGAGCAGAUGGAACAGCAAUUAAUGGUGGAGGUGAUUAGGCGAAGGCAGCAGCCACCGCCCAAGCAGCCCGCCGCUGCUCAACAUGACGCCGAGGAAGAGAUUAUUGGUACAAAUCUAGAACAAGACAUGUGCGUGUUCGUGACUUCUGGCGGUGCGGAACUCGCCGACGUACGUUUACGAGUGGGCUUUUCAUCGAGGCCCGCCCAUCGCUCCAUACUUGCGGCCAGAGCUGCGUAUUUUGAAGCUAUGUUCAGAUCUUUCUCGCCGCAGGAUAAUAUCGUCAAUAUCCAAAUCUGCGAUACAAUUCCUUCGGAAGAAGCAUUCGAUUCUCUUCUACGGUACAUGUACUAUGGUGACACAAACAUGCCUACUGAAGACUCGCUAUAUCUCUUCCAAGCUCCGAUUUACUAUGGUUUUACAAACAAUCGGCUACAAGUGUUCUGCAAACACAAUCUCCAAAGCAACGUAUCUCCAGAUAAUGUUGUAGCCAUACUGCAGGCUGCUGAUCGAAUGCGAGCAGCUGACAUCAAGGAGUAUGCCCUGAAGAUGAUUGUGCAUCACUUUGAACUGGUCGCCCACCAAGACUCAAUAAGGACUCUAGCCCAGCCGUUACUAGUUGAUAUAAUUUGUGCCCUCGCGGAAGAACCCCGCCAUGACACACCCCUGCCUUUGCACCCAAGAUCUCUGCCAUCAUCUUCAUCUGGUGACACAUUGGCCGACGAGGACUAUAUCAGAUAUCGGACAAACAGAGCCGAGCCAGGCGUCAUGGUUGGCGUUAAAGUCGCGAAGAGUCACGAUUUCGGCGAACGGGAUCUUUUCCAGCAGGGGAUCUGUAGCCAUUUUGAUAUGCUCAAUGAGUCUGACUACUACAUCAAAGCCUACACGCAGCCAGUUGACUCAUUGAGGUUAGAUAGGCCCUAUCGUAGGAGGUAG